UAAAGUUAUUGGCCCAUCUGCUCGACCCUGUCCAAUGAAAAGUAAUCACAUUCCCAAGAUCCGAUCUUCUCUAGUGUACCAAUUCAUCGGAUCUACAUCUCUCUGUACGUCUCAACUCUCAGCCAGAAGGUCGUACGCUCUCUCCGCUCCUCUUCCCCUCAGGUCGGGCGCAUCCUAAACCACGCCGAUCGUCCAAUAUCCCGAGAAAUGUCUGCAUAUGACAAUGCUGUUGUUGGCAAGCUGAAACUUAAGGGUAAGGCCUUGGAUGUUAAGACUGGUUCAAUGAAAAAGAAGAAGCAUAAGAAGAGCUCUGAUCAGAUUUCUCAAGUCAUGGAAACUAAACUCUCUGCAGGUGAAAGUGACGAAUUAAUAGUUGUUGACCAAAACCAGGAAGAGAUGAAUAAAGAGGCCAACAAAACCAACGGGGAAGGAGAUGCUGCUCGAGACUAUCUCACCCCAGCAGAGAGACGCUACAUGGAACAAAGAGAGAGAAUUGAUAAGAAAAAGAUGGCGAAGACCGCCAACAAAUCACACCGAGACCGAAUUGAAGAUUUUAACCAGUAUUUGGCUAAUAUGAGUGAGCAUUAUGAUAUUCCCAAAGUUGGGCCUGGCUAAUCUAAAUCAACCUGCUUGCAAGGGCAGACCUGUAAUCUGGUGUUUGAUCUGUUAACAAUUGUGAUAAUCUGGCUAUCUACCAUUGUAUACCAUGUUAUGCUUUAUGAAACAGCUCUCUCCCGCAGAUACUGUCGAAGCAUAUAUUGAAUGAUGAUAUUCAAAUGGGACGCUGUUUAGCUUGUAGCUUGUUCCAGUGUUUGCAAUUGUCGUGAUUUUGCGGAAGAACCAUUAAAGAAUUUGAUUUUGGGAAAUAACAGAGAGAAAUGAUUUUGAAAUGUUAAGAUUAUUACAAGAAAUGGAGCCAUAGAGGUCAUCUGAAUAAAAAUGUAAUUCCUUAACACAAGAGUAGUACGUAGUAUAAGAUUCUUUUUUUUUAUUUAAAUUUUAUCGUUAAUAUUUUGAUUAAGAAUUCUGUAACGUACUUGGAAAAACAUUUAUACUUGCAAUGUAAUGAUCAUAUUAAUACGUAGUAUAUUUUUUACUCCUGUCUA